UUUAAUCUUGUUUAAUGGAACAAGCGUGUUUUCAUGUUUAUUUUUCGUGAUAUCUUUUUAUUUUUCAUGAGUCUGUCAGUUUAUUACAAAUCAUUAACUAAUACAUGCAUGAAUAUUACGAAAUAAUAUUAAGUAACGUUCUUAAUAUAAUAUCUUGACGAGUUGUUUUCAUGUUUCAGCGUCAUAAAUAUGUCCGGUGAUAACGAUUGUUACGAAACUUCAGUGCAUCCUUUUGAUGACAUUGGCAUAAAAGCAAAGUCAAUUACUGAGCUUUAUACUUCAUCCGCAUGCGAAGAAAAAGUUAUAUGUCUUUCGGAGCCCAUUUUUGUUGACAAGGAGUUUGGAUUUAAAUUACUGGACAUAAAUGCAUUCAGACAUGAAACAUUGCCUAAGAUUUCCGGCUUCUCUGACAUGGAUUGUAGUACGUCUGAAAGUUCGCAUAACAGUGCUGAUUCUACUCAGAGCAUUUUUGGCCAGAUUGAAAAUCAGGAGAAUCACGAUAAGAAAGAUGAAAUAGAAUUGUCUCCUGAAACUGAUAAUGAACAUUGCCUUAAUAAUAAUAGUGAAUCCGAAUCAGUAAAACAUCUGAAUGUUACAUGCUUAGAAAGUAUUCAAAAACUGAAAAAAGCAUGUGAAAAUCAGAGUUUAAAAUUUAUUGACCGUUCAGCUGAUUCUGAAUUAACAGUUGUAUUAGCAGAUGAUCAGAAACUAGGUAUUUAUUUAAAUGAAUGUUCUGUAAAUUGUUUGCAAACCAUUAAAGACCUGAGUAAAACUUGCAAAAAGUUAGGUUUAGUGUUAAAUGAAAUGAGUAAUAAUUCACUAUAUGAAGUUGACAUGAUUGUAGGAAACAAAGUGGAACGAGGUGAAAAAAAGUAUUUAAUCAAGUGGCAGAAUUAUGAUAUGGAUACCUGCACUUGGGAACCUGAAUCCAAUCUUGUUGGAUGUAAAGAAUUGAUCGAGUAUUAUGAAGCUCUUCGAAGAUGCCAGCCGAAACUGACAUCAAAAAUGCUUAAUUUUUUUGUACAUGAAAUAACCACAAGGAAGCCAUAUGAUGUUUUGACCCUAAAAAAAGUAUAUGCAUUAAUGUCUGGUUCUCCUGAAGCAUUAGUUUUUAAGAUGGAUCUAAGCAUUAAAAGCUUAAAAAUCAAAGCUAAGGAACUUCGUAAUAUUUCACAUCAUCAACUUCGUAAAAUCACCAAAACUUUGAUAAAUAUAAUGUUAUUACAUGAGUCUAGAAAGCUUGUUCUUGUUAAAAUUAAGGAAUGGCAAAUUAAAAUAAAUUCGUGUAAUCCUGCUGCAUUCAUAGAAGUGCAAAAUGAUGUAGAUCUUGAAACACCACCAACUGAUUUCCAAUUCAUCCAUGACUAUGUAGCUUCAGGUAUUGACAUUUGCAAAGAACCUAUUGCAUUUUGUCAAUGUGACAAUUGCUUUGAAAGUCACGAUUCUUGCUGUCCAAAGGAUUCUGAUGGGUAUUUUGCUUAUGAUAAAAAUGGUAGGUUAGCAUUACCUCCAGGUUAUCCUGUCUUUGAGUGUAAUAAAUUAUGUAAAUGCCCUAUGACUUGCAUCAAUCGAGUUGUUCAGCAUGGCCAAAAGGUAAAAGUUGCAAUUUUUAGGACUUCUAAUGGUUGUGGUUGGGGUUUAAAAACUCUUGAAGCUAUUCACAAAGGACAAUUUGUUUUAGAAUAUUUGGGUGAGAUAAUUACCUCAGAAGCUGCAGAAGCUCGUGGGAAAAUUUAUGAUCAUGUUGGUCGAUCUUAUUUGUUUGACCUCGAUUAUGGCAUUGAACACUGCACUUACACUGUUGAUGCAGGACCUGUUGGAAAUGCAGCCCAUUUUAUUAACCACUCUUGUAGCCCAAAUCUUCAUGUGUUCGCUGUUUGGAUCAAUCAGCCAGAUCCUAAUUUACCUAGGCUUGCUUUUUUUGCAAGAAAAAAUAUUCGUCGUGGUGAAGAAUUGACAUUUGAUUAUAAAAUGCUAAAGAAUCGUGGUGCACAAAGCUCUGUAAGAGUGUUAUGUAAAUGCAAAUCAAAACACUGCAAGAAAUAUUUGUGUUAAUCGUACUCUUAAUAUUUAAAUCCAUGUUUUUAUUAAAAUAGUUAGUGGCAUAAUUUUAAAUGUUUAGUGAAAGGGAAAUACUAUGGGUGGAGAAAUGUAAUUUGUAAUCUUGUUAACAUUAAAAAAAAAUUGGUAAAAGUUUAUAAUUGGGUGCCCCUUGUUUUUUGGCGAUUCUUUUUUGAUGCCAAGAUCUGCACCAGGAAGGGACAAUUUCAAGAUGGCCAUUACACAAAA